CUUUCAUGUUGAUUGUAUGGUGUGUUGUAAUAUUAUUAGGAAGUGUUAUCUAAUCAUAUAGCUGCCCUUUAUUUUUAUAGUUGCUGAAUUUUCUCUUAUUGUAACAAUCCUCCAAGCUCACCACAGUGGCCUAUAAAUAUAUCUUCCUGCAAUUCCAUAUUCUUUGUAGUGUACGUAUAUUUAAAUGUUCAAUCCUGCUGAGGUGUGUGUCUGCUGACUGAGUGGUGACAGAGAUGAGGCUUUUUAAAAAUGUAUAUUGGCACCGUUUAUGUAUCAAUGUUCUGUGUACAAAUACCGCAUUUGCCACAUGUGGAAAUAACUGUUAUUUGGCAUAUUUUUCUUGUUUUGAGUGCAUGCCUUAAAUUUUUAUAACCUUUAAUUCAAAUGCGUGUUAAAGGCUGAUGCUUAUUUUAACCUAUGUGAUACAUAUUUUACCCUCAUUUUUCAAACUGAUACUGAGGAAGGUGGUUGAUCUUUUCACAGCUGCAGGUUGACAGAGCUGCAGUUCAGAUCUGCCAUGCUGUGCCUCCAAACCUCAGGUUGUUUUCAUGAUCAGUGGCUAUGACAGAUUUUGUCGAACUCUGAUCUCUGUAACACUCAGUUCCCUUUCAUGUGAUUUGAAUGCAUAAGCAAAUUUGAGAGUUACUGUUUUGUCAUUUUCUUGAAGCUUCCUGUGCCCAGGCAGGGAUUAGCUGGUAAUGUUGAGUGACUGAUCAUGUGGCCGUCAUCUUUCCAGGUGUCUUGGUGUCUCUGGAGAACCUGGACCAGAUCGCCCUUCAGAGUCCAGCCUACCUCUUCCCAGCUGUUUUGCUUGAAUUUCUAGAUGACCACUGAGCUUGCAGCUCCUGCGAGAACAAGGAUUAAGACCCAGUGUGGCCAUGCCAGCUAAUUGGACUUCGUCUCAGCUACCCUCAGGCCUGGCUAUAGAGGAGUGUGGCAGCUUUCAGGAGGGUUCAGUGACCUUCAGGGAUGUGGCCAUAGAUUUCAGCAGAGAGGAAUGGCAGCACCUGGAACCUGCUCAGAGGAAUCUCUACUGGGAUGUGAUGCAAGAAACCUUCAGCCACCUGCUCUCAGUAGGCUAUCAAGUUCCAGAGCCAGAGGUUUUCAUGUUAGAGCAAGAAAGGGAGCCCUGGGCAGUGUGGAGGGGGAGUGCACAGCAGAGUGCUCCAGAAGAGAAAUUUUGGGAGCAUCAUCAGCAUGGAAAACUCAGCAGUUUUAAACAUGUAUCUUCUGUAAAAGAGAAAAUUCAUACUAGUGGGAGAUUCUGUGAGUUUUCUGAAUUUGAGAAGAUCUUUACCCAGAAGCCACAGCUCAGAGAUCGUACAGGAGAAAAAUUCUAUGAGUGUCUUGAAUGUGGGAAAACUUUUUUACACAAGCCAGAAUUCAUGACGCAUCAAAAAACCCAUAUCAAAGAGAAGCCCUGUAAAUGCAAUCAAUGUGGAAAGACUUUUUUCAUAGUGUCUUCUCUUUUUAGACUUCAGAAAAUUCAUUCUGGAGAAAUACUCCAUGAAUGCUGUAAAUGUCAGAAAGACUUCUUUUCAAACUCAGAUCUCAGUGUUUAUCAGAAAAGUGAUACUGGAGAGACACACCAUGAAUGUGGUGUUUGUGGCAAGACAUUUUCACAGGUGUCCACACUUGAGGCACAUCAGAAAAUUCAUAUGGGAGAGGGAUCCCAUUUAUGUAUUGAAUGUGGACAGGCCUUUACCCAGAAGGCACACUUAAUCGCACACCAAAGAAGUCAUACUGGAGAAAAGCAAUAUGAAUGUAGUCACUGUAGGAAAUGCUUUAUUUCCAAGUCACAGCUCCAGGCGCAUCAAGAAAUGCACACAGCAGGGAAGCCUCACAUAGGUGCUGAAUAUGGAAAAGUCCUAAGUAAUUCCAAACUCACUACACAAAAGAAAGUACAAAUUAAAGAGAAAUCUUCAAUAUGUACUGAAUGCGGGAAAGCAUUUGCCUACAAGUCAGAGCUAAUCAUACAUCAGAGAAUUCACACUGGAGAGAAACCUUAUGAAUGCAGUGACUGUGGGAAAGCCUUUACCCAGAAGUCAGCACUCACAGUGCAUCACAGAAUUCACACAGGAGAAAAGUCUUACGUAUGCCUGCAGUGUGGCCUGGCCUUCAUCCGGAGGACACACCUGAUGGCACAUCAAAUAAUUCAUACAGGUGAAAAACCUUAUAAAUGUGCUUACUGUGGGAAAUUCUUUACUUCCAAGUCACAACUUCAUGUGCAUAAACGAAUCCAUACAGGAGAAAAGCCGUAUGUGUGCGGUAAGUGUGGGAAGGCCUUCACAAACAGAUCAAAUCUUGUGACGCAUCAGAAAACUCAUACGGGAGAGAAAUCCUAUGUAUGUCCUAAGUGCGGAAAGGCCUUCACCCAGAGGUCAGAUUUGAUUACUCAUCACAGAAUCCACACUGGAGAGAAGCCUUAUGAAUGUGUCACCUGUGGAAAAGCCUUCACCCAGAAAUCACACCUUAACAUUCACCAGAAAAUUCAUACUGGAGAGAGACAGUAUGAAUGCCAUGAGUGUGGGAAAGCUUUCAACCAGAAGUCAAUCCUCAUGGUGCAUCAGAAGAUUCACACAGGAGAGAAACCCUACGUGUGCACCGAGUGUGGAAGGGCCUUCAUUCGCAAGUCCAACUUUGUCACUCAUCAAAGAAUCCAUACUGGAGAGAAACCUUAUGAGUGUAGUGAUUGUGGGAAAUCCUUCACGUCCAAGUCUCAGCUCCUGGUACAUCAGCCAAUUCACACAGGAGAGAAACCCUAUGUGUGUGCUGAGUGUGGGAAAGCCUUUAGUGGAAGGUCAAAUCUCAGUAAACAUCAGAAAACUCACACUGGAGAAAAGCCUUAUUUCUGUUCUGAAUGUGGGAAGACUUUCAGACAAAAAUCACAGUUAAUUACACAUCAUAGAAUUCAUACCGGAGAGAAACCUUAUGAGUGCACUGAUUGUGCAAAAUCUUUCAUUAAGAAAUCACAGCUGCAAGUACAUCAGCGAAUACACACUGGAGAGAAACCUUAUGUGUGUGUUGAGUGUGGAAAGGCCUUCAGUGGCAGACCAAAUUUGAAUAAACACCAGACAACACACACUGGUGACAAGCCUUACAAGUGUGAAGUGUGUGGAAAAGGAUUCAUUCAGAAGUCGGUGCUCAGUGUGCAUCAGAAUAUUCACACUGAACAGAAACUUGAGAAAUCUCAUUGAGGUCCUCUGUGAUUUGGACCUUAUUGAAUUCUUGUAACAGGAUACUUUACGUAUUGUGAGUAGGAUUGCCCACAUCAGAAUGUCUCAGUUGAGAAAAAGACUUCUACGAUAGCACUUGAGGGGACACCCACUCCUACAUUUUCACCAGCCUCAUUGAACCUUGGAGCAUUCAUACUAACAAUUUGGUUGUCUUGUUGCCUUAGAAGGAGCCUGCUCAUUAAAUACAACUGAAUGCUGUUUUUGAUUUCUUCAUAGGGAAGCGAAUGUUAUGUUAAUGAUAAUCCUGCUCUCUCUGGAAUAAAUACAAUGGCAGUAAAUUGAAUAAUGGAAGAACACAAUACUCACAUAUACCAUAGUGAUUAAUUUUAAUAUCUGUGAGUUGUUUAACAUUUUUUUUAACAUUUCCAUUUAACAGUGUUUAAUAGUUAUCUGUAUUUUUUCCUCCUUUCUUGUACGUAACACAUUUGUGCAUAUCAAAUCCACUGAAUGUUUCUGUCAAUGAUAUCACACAAAAAAUCCUUUAAUAUAGAGAUGACACACUCAAGUGUGUAUUUUCAUUUGACACUGUGACUUUAACCUCUCUUGUUAGCUACCAGCAGCGUCAUUAAGUGUCAUAAACCAUCAGCAUAUUGUCUUCUGACCCACAGACGUCAUGUCUUUGAACUUCUGUCAUCCUCAGGAAAGCUUCUGAGUUAACUGUCCACGUUACCUGUGUUAGUUAAUUGUCCCUCUGCCCUCACAGUCCCUUCAACUGAUUACUCUUAGUGACAUAGUUUUCACCAUGGCACAUCAGUAUUCAUGAUAUAACAAACCCCAGUUUAUGUUUACAU